AUGGCUUGCGACACUCUUAUUUGGGGGUUGUUGCUCUUGGGAUGUAGCAUACAGGCAUUAUGGGCUAUAUCCGAAGACGACCCCUCAGAAUACAUGAGCAAGGAAGAGAGAGAAGCUUUAAAGGAAGAAGCAAGGGAUAUGUUUUAUCAUGCAUACAAUGCGUACAUGGAUAAUGCGUAUCCUGCUGAUGAAUUGAUGCCAUUAAGCUGCAAAGGACGAUAUAGAGGAUCAGAGCCGAAUAGGGGUGAUAUAGAUUCUACAUUGGGAAAUUUUUCACUUACUUUGGUGGAUACACUAGAUACAUUAGUGGUACUGGGAGAUUUGGAAGAAUUUGAGAAUGCAGUCAAACUUGUUGCUAGAGAUGUAAGCUUUGAUACAGAUGUUAUUGUUUCUCUGUUUGAAACAAAUAUUAGGAUGUUGGGAGGUCUUCUCAGUGGUCAUAUAUUAGCUGAAUAUCUGCAACAGCGAGCCGAUAUAAUGCCAUGGUAUAGAGGAGAGCUUCUAGACUUAGCUAAAGAUUUAGGAUACCGAUUUUUACCUGCAUUUAAUACAACUACCGGAAUACCUUAUGGCAGGAUCAAUCUGAAACAUGGUAUGAGAGGAGUUCCUAUGGAAGUGUCGAGAGAAACUUGUACUGCCUGUGCGGGCAGUAUGAUACUAGAAAUGGCUGCUCUGUCGCGAUUAACAGGAGAAUCGAUUUUCGAGGAGAAAGCACAGAAAGCCAUGGACGUUCUAUGGCGAAUGAGGCAUCGCGGUACAGACUUGAUGGGAUCUGUACUGAAUGUAAACUCUGGAGAUUGGGUACGAAGAGAUUCCGGGGUCGGUGCUGGUAUAGACUCUUACUAUGAGUAUUGUCUCAAAGCGUAUAUCUUACUCGGUGAUGAAAAAUACCUAGGACGUUUCAACAAGCACUACCAAGCUAUAAUGAAGUAUGUUAGUCAAGGACCUAUGUUAUUGGACGUACACAUGCAUAGACCAAACACUAAUUCCAAAAAUUUCAUGGAUGCUCUAUUGGCCUUUUGGCCAGGUUUGCAGGUGCUUAAAGGUGACAUCAAACCUGCUGUAGAAACACACGAAAUGCUGUAUCAAGUUAUGCAAAGACAUAAUUUCAUACCAGAAGCAUUCACCACUGAUUUUCAGGUGCACUGGGGACAUCAUCCACUAAGACCAGAGUUUUUAGAGUCCACCUAUUUCUUAUACCGAGCUACAGGCGAUCAUUAUUACUUAGGAGUCGGACGUAAAGUGCUCAAGAGUCUGCAAACCUACGCGAGAGUUCCGUGCGGUUAUGCAGCUGUAUCAGACGUUAGAACUAACAAGCAUGAUGAUACAAUGGACAGCUUUGUAUUGUCUGAGACCUUCAAGUACUUAUUUCUAUUAUUUACGGAACCAGGAGAACUCGUUUUAGAUUUGGAUGAAUUUAUCUUCACCACCGAGGGCCACCUACUGCCACUCACACUUGCUUCCAUAAGAACAAAUAUCUCGUCUCAGGAUUUCGAGCGCGAUAUCGUACACGUGGACGAGUUCGACCGUACUUGUCCAAAUAGCUUGCACUUGUUUCCCGCUUCGGUGAGACAACCUUUGAGAAAUAUGGUCGAAGAUGUAUGCCCGAGGCGGUCACUCAAGCGGAGAUUAAGCGCAUCGCAAUUUCAGGCUAAUAAUUUGGAACAUCUGAAAAUGUUGAGUGAUAUGGGAAUAACGACUCUAACUCUAGCAGAUGGGCGGGUUCAACUUUUGCACACAUUUUCUAAUGCAAAGACCCCGCAAGAUUCGGAGGAAGGAUUACUGUUCAUGCAGGAGAUGGUCGAACUGAGUAAAAUGCAAACGCAACAGCCAGAAACUAAGCCGCAAACAGUGACGUUCGUGAAACCUAAGACUGAUCCACCGGAAAAAAUUACGCUACUAGCUGGGCCAGCACAGUUUGGUCCCGAACUGCAGAGUUUCGAUAAGAUAACCGGAAAAGUGACAUUCACGUAUCCACCCGCAGCUUGUACCGAUUUGCUCAACGCGGACAAAUUGGCAGGAAAGAUAGUAAUCAUGGAUCGUGGAAAUUGCAUGUUCAUAGAAAAAGCGCGAAGAAUUCAACAGGCUGGUGCGCUUGCUGGAAUAGUGUUGGACAAUAUUGCUGGUUCAAGCGCAGCGACUUCGCCCAUGUUCGCAAUGUCCGGUGACGGAAAGGAGAUGGACGACGUUACAAUACCCGUCGUAUUUCUAUUUUUCACGGAAGCGGCAGAGUUAAUGAAAGCUAUUAACGCGGCGAAUGGCGAUCUCACUGUCACACUUGGAAUAUAUUCUUCGAAAGAAGAAGUUCAACUUAAAGCACCUACAGAUUUGUCGCUGUUUGAACGUCUAAAAGGAUCGUUAAAAUCAUUUCUUAGCCGACAUAUGACGCCACAGGCAGCAAACACAGCAUCUAACCUGGAUAUUACGAUUCCUGUAGUCGAAUCUCAAGAAUAUCAAGAGGAUACUAUCGACUUCCAUUACUUUCAUGCGGAAAUCAUCAAAGAUUCACUUGGUGGUGAAGUGAGGAUUACCGCGCCGUCCGAAGAUGCAAUUAUUAUCUUAAGACCAGUUUCUACGCCAGUAGAGAUUUUGUGGUAUCAGUUAAAGGAAGUGUUUGUCAAUCAAAUAUUCCUGAACAGCAAGCAAAAUAAGGGUAUACGAAUUAGGAGUUUUAUUUUGGAAAGCUAUUACAACUGGGUAAAUAAGGCACGAGGUGUGCUAACUAAAACGUCGUUGUCCUACAAAGUUCGCUGGUUCUUGAGCGAGUUGCUAGUUGUUGCGCCUAAUUCGUCUAUUAGGAAGAUGGGACAGUUACUAGAACCAACGAAACAGAAACUGUUGAAACAAUAUCUGCUCACAAACAUGGAUACAAUGGUGCUAAAUUUAAAGACUGUGGCUACGAAAUUGAAAAACAUGAAAUCGGUAAGACCCGACAUGGAGCAAUUGCUCAAAAUUUCGGAAUCGGGCAUCGCACAGGUGGAAAAUUAUUCGUUCUUACGUCACUUGCUAGCGGAUCUAUUCGACGAGGAAGACGAAAUCGUUAGUCAACACAUCGCUCUUUUGGAUCACAUUCACGCGGAGGUGCAUACUACAUAUCAAGAAAUAUUAAUCGACGGAGUGCAAAAGCAUUUGGAGAAAGCGGGAGAGGAAGACAGUUCGUAUUACGAUAUAUUGAUUGCUGAUCUGCAAAAGAAUUUGAAGAAUGUGGAUAAAGGAGAAAAUUUACUUGGGAAAACUAAAGAGGACGACUUAGCGGUCGCGGAAUUCAUAAGCGACAGUAAUGGUGGAAAAUCGGAUCUUAAAGGUAGAAAUAUCAAGAUCCUAGAUGAAAAUAUGAAGAUCCUAAAGAAAAGUAAGGAAUUGGAUACCGAGAAAUUGGAGGAUUUCGAAUACUUUAUACUGACAGAAAUAGGGAAAGCAGUGAAACAUUCCGCGCAAAAUAUCUUGCACAAGUAUGAAGGUACGAAUGAUGUGUCGAAGAACGUUGUGACAGAAAAUAAGAAAAGCAAAAAUUCCGAUAAGAGUAAAAUUACUUUGCACUCCCCUCAAAAUCAAAGUAAAGGAGAAGAUAGGAAGAGUAAAACUCAAAGUUCCCUCAAGGAGGAGAUAGAUUCCUUGCGAACGACGAAAUCAGUAGAUGUAAAAAUCGAGGAAACAGUCAUUGAAGACGGACAAGAAGAAAAAUCUACAGAUUCUUCAGUGGAUAUAAAUGUUUCUAAUGCAAAAACAACUUCUACUGAUGAAAGACGUGCAUUAUUGCAGGAAAUUCGAAAGGAAAUCAGUGACACGCAACAUAAACACAAAACUGACUCCAAGGCAAAACCAUCUAACCAGAAGAAUGUAGUUGAAAGUAAAAUCGUACCUACUGAUGUGUUAGAAGAAUUUAAAAAACCUAUAUGGGCUGCCAACGAGGAGAAAGACUUUAAGGACUCACAAGUUUCAAAGCCGCAAUAUAGUGCUGUAGAAUCAAGUGAAUUAAAAUACAAAAAAAAAUCCAAGAACAUAAACAAAGAUAAGGAAGUUAAACCAAAAACCCAUAAAGCCAAACAUAUCGACGAUGAAUUAUAACAAUAGCUUUUGAAAUUUAGGUCAAAUUAUAAUUAUUAUGCAAAGACAAAGAUUCGAUUUCCAACGGCCAUAAGGCUAUCUGCACCUCAACUGAUAUUUUUGCACUGUGAUCCAGGUGUGCGUGCAGUGAUCUUUAAUGACUUUUAUAUGUACAAGAUAUCCUAGAAAAAUAUUCCAGUUACUUCGUAAAGCCUACUUUAGACGAUAUGCAAUUCGCGAUAGAAUUCAGCUCGCAAUAAAGCACAAAACAUCAGAAUUAGAUUUGUAAGUAUACGCAUAUGUAUACAUUUGUAAAAUUGAAAGUGUGUUUUUUAUAUUAUAUGGCGUAUGAAACUCUCACGAUUCACUGUCGCGAAUUAUCAAUAAUUUAAAGUGGGCUUUAAAGAAGAAAUAAAAAUUAAAGUCGUCAGAGUGUAACGACUCUAUAUAUUAUAAUUCUAUAAAGGGAUUUUCUGGAUUCUUGGAACUGGUGCUUACGAGAAAAUCUAUUUCGAUUUGUUAUUCCAGGUGAAAAACGGUGAUGUUACUAUAAAAUGUAUAAUAGGUACUGUGGAUGUAGCUUGUAUAACACACGUGUGUUAAAGUGGUUGUGAAGAUAUUCUGAACAGGGCGCUAAACACUGAUGUACAUGUGUAUCGUAGUAUGAUCUAUAUGUUUAAGUAUAUGAUAUAACGGCAUAUUAUUUCUUCCACAGAAGCAGAUUUAUGUUUCGAUGAGUCUAUUCUUUGACUUCUAUGUAUUAUAUAAUUGUAUUAUAUGACUGUAAAUUUAUGAAAAGAGAAAAGCGCUAAUAUUCCGUGAUGUACGAGCUGAUAACAUUACGAGUCAGAAUAGACACAUUGUUAUUAUUCUUCUUUUGACAUUUUGUACCAUUUUACUCCAAAGAUGUGCCAUUAUUAACGAUAAUAUAUAUUUAUCUUACAUUGCAGUGUUUAAAAUAACAUUUAGUGUACAAAUAGAUACGUUUUUAAAGCAGUUCUCAAUCUAUUGUGAAGGACACAAUAUCUAUUGUGAAGGAUCUAUCAGACAAAUUUUCUUCGCUUAAUGUUAAAGAUUGAUUAACAAAACUUUCUGCCAAUUGCAUAUCGUCUCUCAUUAUUAUAUAAACAAAUCUAAUUUAUGCCGACUCAUGUUAAGUUCUGGAAAUUCAAAUCUACAUUCAAUGUGGUAUUAGGCGAUGAACGACGAUAUGUUAAAUAUAAAAUAAUGUAACGAUUCAGAAAAUUAUUUUAGUUGUGAUCCGUAGGUUAAGAUAUGCCUUAAAUGUACAUAAACUUGUACAUACAGAGAUAUGUCAAUGUAUAUAAUGUAUAAGAAAAGUACUAUGUUACAUAAAGUAAAUUCUAUCAUAGUGUUGCAGAGAUAAUCCAAUAUAAGUUUGGCCUUUUGAUAACUUUCUGCUUUAUAUACUAUAUAUAUAUAUUUUUUUUUUUUUUUACUUGGGAACUUGUACACCAGUUAUAUAUGAAUACAUUCUAUGAAGUACAGCAUUAAUCUCCCUUGUAAUAGCAUAAGAAAUCAUUCUUUAAUGUGCACACGUGUCCAAAUAUUCACUAUAUUGAUUUCAAUAUCAUGUAUUUUAGUUAAACAUAUAUAUAUAUAUAUAUAUAUAUAUAUAUAUAUAUAUAUGUUAUAUGCUAUAUUAUGCAUAUUAUAUAUUGUAAAUAGAAACACUAUAAUGCGCAUCUAAUGAGUCUGCUGUUUGAUGUCGAAUAACAAUUUGCUGAUGGAUGCCAAACUGAAUAUUAUCGAGUAUAUUGUACAUUAAAGUGAUUAUACCUUUCUGUAAGUUGUCUGAUUGUAUAUAUGAAUAUUGCCUAAUACACCACUAUAUGUAAGUGGUUUUUUUGAAAGAUACAUGUUGAAAUAAAAAAAAAAUAUUUAAAAAAACA